UAUUCGCACUCCCAUCCAACCGAUAUCACUUGUACAUAUUUUGAAUUGCCCGGGUGACUUGCGCACACAUAAAAUCAAUGCACCGGCCCUCGAGCUGUGGCAGUGCGGCGCCGUCGGGACAGGACGUGCCCGUUCUACCGUCAAACUCGUGUAAAAUAACAAAUAUCCAGCUGAAAUCAGUACAUUUUCGUGAUGAUAGUAAUGUGAAUAUCGUGGAGAAGAUGCCGUCGAGAGAGGACAUGGAUAUGUGCACGGACAAAGUCCUAUCCAAGGGGAGAAUCCUCCAGGAGCUCACCAAAGCUGUCAAAUUGGUAUAUGCCCAGAGUCUGCAUGGGUCAGUGGUGUUGGACGGUGAUUCUUGGCUGGUGUAUUGGCUGGAUCGUGCCCUCCGCCACGGAUUACGAGUGGAAAGACACGGAUAUUGGGGUACAGUGCGUGAACUCAGUCACCAGGACACCAUUGUGGUGAUUCAUGCCCUGCAGAGUGUCCUGACAUCGAUUGGCAAAGGUCGUGCCUGGCUGUAUCACACCCUGAGUGAGGGAAGUUUCGAGAGUUAUCUUGCAUGUUUUUUGAGGGACACAGUCUCCCUGAAGAAGCAGUACUUUCCCCAUGCCCUCGUACGAGACGCUGACAAAACACAUCAAUUAAUUAAUCUCCUAGCUGGCCUAGAGAAUGUCUCCUUCACUCUUCAAUUGGACGUGACAUACUUGGACAUAUGCAACUACAUGCCCCAGCGUCCAAUGAGUGGUUCUCCCUCGGGAACAGCACUGUCUCUACACCUGCGUUCCUCAAGCGUAACCUCAAGCCUGGCCUCACCAGGCGACAGUGGAGUGGCACUAGACAGUGACAUGGAAGGUGCCAACGAAACUGACGCAAGUAGCUAUAAAGAGGAGGACUACUCGAUGGAGGAGACGCCAAAAUACCGCAACACCAAAUACAAAUCGAUAAUGACCUGCCCCCAGGACAACAAGAGCCUAGACCGCUCGUUCUCCUCAAGUGAUUCAAGCGAAGAGGGCAAGACCCCCGUCCACUCGCCCGCUCUAAAAUCCAAGUUUCAACACGUGGCAAUGACUAAGAGCGACAUUGCUAAUCAGAAUAUCACGACAAAGUUGGACGAUAACGAGUUAAACUGCUCAAGUUUAGAUACUUUGAAGGAUUACAACAUCUACAGCAAAAGUUUGGACGAAUCACGUCUCGAUAAAGUCAACAAUGACGUUGAUAAUGCAUCAAAGGAUUACAGUAAACGGAGUAGUUAUUACGCUGAUGGAUAUAGCUUCAAGAAGAACAUGGACUCGCGUAAUUCUUACGUUAUAAACAACGAUACAAAUUUAUUGGAGCUCAGCAUGACAAUUUCGGAUUGCGAUUGUAACGCACCGGUACCUUACAGCAUUCUCAAUACCAUAAAUAUGACAGAUACGAGUAUUCUAUCGUCAUCUGGAUCAGAGGCCGUUGUCCAGCGUCGCCAGAGGAAGAAGAAACGAGGUGAAACCAAGAAGAGAGUGAGCUUCCACGAGGAUAUAUUCAAAACGAUGAAGCUAGAUGAUGAUGAGAAUUUUGCCGAUUUCUCCAUGAGCUUUGUUCCUCCAAACUCAGUACAGAAGAAGGACGCACAGAAGGGACGGUACAGUUGGUGCGCCAACGGAGAUUCCCCGUACGUCCAGAAAGCCAUUAACACGAGAAAUGCCAAUUCUGAUUACUACUCGUCGUCAUCAUCGGGAAGUAUUUUCGAUAGCGACUGCGGCAAGUCCCUUAUGAACAUCUGCGAUCGUGGCAUAUGCUUAAAGAAUUCUAGGUGCACGUGUGGGCCGUCGAUGUCAGAGCGAGGAGUUCCAGAGGGGCAGGAGGACCCUGGUAUGAGUUUCAAGCCUAAGAUGGAGAUUGAACUCGAGGAGAAUGAAGCGCAGGAGGCGUACAUUGUCGAGAAAAAAUGUGGGUACAUCAUUGAAGAUUCGCCAGUGAAAUUGGACAGUCCAACGCCACCGAGGAACUUAAAGUACACGAGCUCUAGUGAUUGGUCCGACGUCGAUAGUAUGACAACAUCAACUGAUCUGGAUGAGCGUCGUGGCUCUCGCCAUUUGUCGUCACCCCUGAAGAAGCGAAACGUGACAUCUGUGCUGCCCAGUGACACUACAAGACUCGGUGUCUCAACGAUGCGCCCAGCCACCUCGAGUACCUCGUUAUUGAGCCGAUUCUUACGAUCAAUAACCGAACGGAAAUUCGACGUGAAGAAGAAUAAAAAAACACCAAAAUCAAGCAAUCUGUACAUCAAAGGGGUGUCCGCCGAUUACGAUACAUUCAAGGACUUCAACGACAAUUUGGAGAAGGAGAUACAGGAGAAUAUUGUCGCUGAGAAGCAGGAGUUCAGUGGUGAAAAAAUAAGCCUCAAGUUGCGUGAAAUCUUCAAGCGCUACAUCUACAGAGACAAAACCGAGGAAUUGUACAAAGUGUACAAGGUACGUAGCUCGUACAUGAAUAAUGGUGACAGUAAACCAAUGCUUGCCCUGUUGACCGACAAAACUCUGUACUUGACUGGUACAAAGGCCGACAACAGCUACAGCAAUCAAUUUGUUAUACCGUACAAUGAGCUUGAUGUUAUUAUGAUCGGUCCUAAUGCACAAACGAUUUUGAUAUCAAACGCCGAUUACGAGAUGCAGUACUUGUUCUCGACGGGUAGUUCACAGACGACGUCUGAGUUGAUUUCACAUCUGGAAAUGGCCAUGAGAAGGUCACCAUCAAAGCCACGUUUACCAGCUGUUAAGGAGUUGAGUUACGAUGAUAUGCACAGCUUGAAGUACUCUAUUUUAACGGAAACUGCUGUGCACCGCGAUGAAAAGAUCGAGCACUACAGUUUAAUUUAUAUUGAGGAUGAUCAUAUAUCACCUCCUAGUACACCAUGCGGCCCAACCAAAGAGGGUGAUCUUAUGUUUCGACCGCACUCUUAUCAGGCACAUCCCAAUGCACCCAUCAAUGCGUGGGAGGCUGGCUAUUUUGUUCUCAAAGGUGGUGUUGUUUACAUGUUCACGGAUUCAAGCCAGAGACUACCAAAACGCGCAAUACCACUAAAGGGGGGAUUGUGUCAGGGCUGCAGGCGAAUACCCAAUUCACACAGGCCUCAUACGUUUGAAAUUCUACUCAAACCGAAUAAGUCCUUUCAGUUUGCCGCACCGGAUGAGUAUGUGGCAAGCGAGUGGCUUCAGAGUUUUGUGCAGAGUGCCUCGGGGCUCUUUGACACCAAUGAUACCAGCAGCCCCAUGCCGUGUAGUCUUAUUGCUACAACAAACCAUCUUGUCGCUAUGAAGGAAGUUUUCCCUGGGACACAGAGGGGACAGACGUUAUCUUGCGCUAGUGUCGAGGAUCUUACCGCUUUUAGGGUGCCCCUGGCACAACAAUCCUGGUGUAUUUUGGAAUUUGCUUGUCGGGAGGUUCAUGAGAGCAGCGGUGAUUGGGUGAUAUAUUUUACGAAUUACACUGAGCUUUGCGCCUUUCGAGAGGUAUUAGAAACACUAUGGGCUGACGCAAAUUUGGGUGAAUUUCCCAUGGUAACGCUUCCACCGGAGAACAAACUCCAUCGAAGAUGCUCAGAUGCUAGUAAAGAUCUCGAAUACGCAUGGAAACACUUAUUACCAGUAUCGACGGAAUAGUGAGUCGACUAAUCGUUAUAUAAUCAUCCCAACAAUAAAUUAAUCAUUAAAGCUGUUUGAUUUUUGCGAUCGCGGAGAGCCCAGAAAAAUGACUUUCCUCAAAUAUAUUGGCAGCAUAUCACUGAAACUCAUUUCCAACAAUAUAAAAAUGAGUGGCUUAAUAUUUCUUUAUUUCCAUCGUAAGCAAAUAAAUAAACGAAAAGGAGUUAUUUUCAGAGUAAAAACUAAGGAAAAAAAAAACGUUUGAAAAUACCCGGGCUCUUCUGAUCUCAUAGUUACGACGUAGCUAUAUAUAUAUAUAUAUAUAUAAUAUAUAUAUUUGAGUGCGAAGCUGGUGCAAUAUAUAAUCAUCUGCGCAGGGGUUUAAAGUGAAAUAAAAAUAUAUGAAAGCCCUGAGAUUAUGAAGGAUAUUAUUUACUCAACCAGGAGAGGAGUAGAAAGAAUAAGGAAUAGAGAUUAUUAAGUCAGGGGCAAUAUAAACAUAUAUAUUCGUAUUCUUAAAAUUUUUCUCAUAGAUUUAUAAACGUGAUUAAAUUAAUUUAUGAUGGAAAGACUGUUGAGCAAUGGAGGAUAUGAUCCAUUGGUAAUUGGACGAUUAUAAUCGUAUGGAUGUCUACAAUAAUCAACAUAAUAGAGAGAAUGUGUCGAGAAUUGAUGAAAUAACACAGCAUCUGCAUUAUGAAAACGGAAGAUGACACGAAAUCGAGUGAUCAAGGGAAAAUAAGAAAGAAAAUAACAGUGUCACCUCCACUUUCUCUUCUUCAUUUACUUGACAAUGUUGGUACGUCGAAAGACCACUCGAUACAUAAAUUACGAAAAUUAUUCAAUCAGUAGCGAAGCGGUACAACUUUUUACGUCUCCUCUCCUGAUUUUUCGAGAAAUAUAUUCAGAUUUAAGGGAGAUAUGAAAAUUUUUGCCGAAUCUUUUUUGUAGAUCUCCAUUAGACCCGCAAAAAAUGUAAUUACAAGCAUUUCGAUAUCAGCCCUACAUUCCGAGGUAUUUAUUGAAAACAGAUCAAUGGUUUCGCUACUGAAUUCAUUAAUGAGUUUAUUCGAGUAUUUUCUUAUGUAAUUAAUUUCGAGGUGAAAUAAAUAUUCAUUUUCUGUGGAUAUUGUGUAUUGUGAGGAGUGGUGCUUCAAUGAACGUUAAUGAUGGCUGGAGAUGAUAAUUGAGGCAAUUUUUAUGCUUACGUUGCUCAUUAAUCGUUAAUUUUAAUAUAGUCGUGUUAUUUUAUUUUUGCUAGAGCUACUCUAUUUUGUACCGCAAUUAUUUUUAAUUUUGACAGUUUCAUGCAGUUAUUCAUUUGUGAAUAACCGGCGAAAGGGGAGGAGGGCAGGGAGGUUAAAAGUUAUGAAAAUUAAUGGUAAAAUGCAGCUGUUGCAAAAUUGUGAUAGAAGCGGUAGUGCGUAGAGAUGGAAAGAAUAAAGCCCAUUGUACACAUAAAAGUUAUUACUUCAUGGUAUUUAAAAUAUUGGAUCAAUUGUGAUUUAUAUGAAUUGUGUGAACGUAUAUAUUGUAGCUAACGGUUAUCGUUUUUUGUUAUUUUUUUUUCUUUUUUCCAUUGGUUUUUUUUUUAACGAUGUAAUUGGUGUGAACGAGCACUCGGGUUCCAUAACAGCAAGUGAAUGGGUUGCUCUCGUUUUCACGGCAAUAAAAACACAAUUUUCGACAGCCGAAGGGGUUCUUUGGAGAAUUCAGUUUGAUUAUAUAACAACAUCACGUGAAAUAGUUACCAAAAAUGAAUUGUACAAGCUAGUCAGGUGAAUAAAACGCAAUUUUAUCUUGAA